AUGGCUACCUUAUUAAGUGAUAAUAAGGCUUUCAUUUUCUUCUUCCAACUAUUGAAAUCAAUUUUCCCAUCGAAUUGGGUGAUUUCAACUCGUGUAGUAGUCAUAGUGUUUAGAUUUCGGAGAUGUUACGAUACGGGAAACUUCACAACUAACAGUGUUUAUGGCAAGAACCGCAACCUUAUCCUUUCAAAUCUUGCUUCUAAUGUAUCAACAAAUGGGGGUUUUUAUACUGCUACUAUUGGCCAAGACACCAUCGAAGUUUAUGCUCUUGCACUUUGCAGAGGUGAUUCUUCUUCAGAAAUUUGUUUCAGCUGCGUCAACUCCACAACCCAUGAUCUUAUAACCAAAUGUCCCAACCAAAAAGAAGCACUUUUAUGGGGAGGAGAUCCUCCAUGCCUUGUACGCUAUGCAAACCGGUCUUUUAUUGGAUUACUGGAGCUGGAUCCUAGGGAUGCUGGCUAUAAUGUGAAUAAUAUCACUACGAAUUUGACACAGUUUGAUCAGACCUGGGAAGGGUUAAUGGAUCGCGUGGUUACAAAAGUCUCUAUGGGUUCUUCUAAGCUCAAAUUUGCCACUGAAGAAGCUGAUUUGACUUUCUUUCAGAAGAUAUACGCCUUAAUGCAGUGUACUCCAGACUUAUCCCGGAGUAAUUGCGAUUCUUGCCUUCGUCAAUCUGUAUCUUACUUCGAGAGCUGCUGUCAUGGGAAGCAAGGAGGUUACGUUCUGAGGCCUAACUGUAUUUUUCGCUGGGAUUUGUAUCCCUUUUAUGAAUCAACUGAAGCUCCAUCUCCAUCUCCGUCUCCUCCACUACCACCCAGAAUUUCUCCUCCACAAAUAACUAAUACCCCACCCAACAAAGGAGGCAUUGCACCUGUAGUUGUGGGAAUUAUUAUUGUCUCUAUAAUUAUCAUCAUAUCACUACUAGUCGCUUUAACUUAUGUCUUUUUAAAGAGGAGGAGAAAGGCAAAGGGCGAGAUAAGAAGAAAGCAAGAGCUAAAAGAUGUCGGUGAUGAAAUUGAGACUGUGGAAUCCUUGCAAUUCGACUUCAGCGCUAUCAAAGUUGCAACAGAUGACUUUUCCAUUGGUAAACCUCAUUUUUUUUUCUUAAUAUCAUUUCAGGGAAGACUUCUUGACGGACAGGAUAUAGCUGUGAAGAGGCUGUCUAGACAAUUAGGACAAGGAGAUCUAGAAUUUAAAAAUGAGGUCCUCUUGGUGGCCAAGCUUCAUCAUAGAAAUCUAGUUAGGCUUCUAGGUUUCUGCUUGGAAGAUAAAGAAAGGCUUCUUACAUAUGAGUUUUUGUCAAAUUCAAGCCUAGAUAACUUCAUAUUUGAUCCAAUCAAGCGAUUAUUAUUAGAUUGGGAAAAACGAUACAAAAUCAUAGGAGGCAUAGCUCGAGGAAUUCUUUACCUUCAUGAAGAUUCAAGAUUAAGAAUUAUUCAUCGCGACUUAAAAGCUAGCAACAUUCUUUUAGAUGCAAAUAUGAUCCCAAAAAUUUCAGAUUUUGGAAUGGCAAAGUUAUUUGAAGUGGAUCAAACUCGAGGCGAUACAAGUAGAAUUGUUGAAACCUUUGGAUAUAUGUCUCCUGAAUAUGUAAAGUAUGGACACUUCUCAGUUAAGUCCGAUGUUUUCAGCUUUGGUGUGUUAGUCUUGGAAAUCAUUAGUGGCCAAAAGAACAGUAGUUUUUGCAAUGGAGAAGAGGAGGAGGACCUGCUAACUUAUGCAUGGAGAAAUUGGAAAAAAGGGACAGCUUUAAAUACGAUGGAUCACACUUUGAGGGGUCAUUCCAGUAGUGAAAUUAUGAGAUGUAUUCAUGUUGGAUUACUAUGUGUUCAAGAAAAUGAAGCUGAUAGACCAACCAUGACUUCAGUUGUUCUAAUGCUAACUAGCAACUCUGUCUCUCUGUCAGUGCCGUCAAAACCUGCAUUCUUUAUGCACAGCGUUGUGGAACAGGAUAAAUCUGAAGUGACUGUGCCGGGUCAAUCAAAAAGCAAUUUUGUCCAAUAUUCAGUGAAUGAAGCUUCAAUCACUGAGCUGGAUCCCCGUUAA